AAUCAGACUAUACAUGGUUGUAGUUUCACCUCAUCACAUCGAACUAAUCAAACUUCAAACCCCAAGAAUUUUCCGUGGAUCCCAAAGCAUGAAGCAACGCGAGUUCGUCCUCGUGCACGGCGUAUGCCACGGCGCGUGGUGCUGGUUCCACGUCAAGCACCGGCUCGAGUCGGCCGGCCAUCGCGUCACAUCACUGAACCUCGCCGGCGCAGGCACCGACACAAGGUCCAUCUACGACGUCCACUCAUUUCGUGAGUACAACGAGCCGCUCUUGGAGUUCAUGGCCUCGCUCGAGCCACCCGAGAAGGUGAUCCUCGUGGGACACAGCUUGGGCGGCAUGAGCUUGGCUCUCGCCGCCGACAAGUUCCCUGAUAAGAUCUUGGCCGCCGUUUUCCUGACGGCACUAAUGCCGGACACCACGCACCAGCCGUCUCAUGUGUUAAAACAGUUUCGUUCGAGCAUUCCGGAGAAAGAAUGGCUGGACACUCAAUUCAAAGCCUUUGGAAAGCCAGGAAAGAUGUUGACUUCCUUCUUCUUUGGCCCCGAAUUCUUGGCGGCUCGGCUGUAUCAAUUAUCCCCCAAGGAGGAUAUGGAGCUUGCUAAGAUCAUGAUGAGGCCGGGGUCGCUCUUCAUAGAAGACCUGGCCACGGCGGACAAGUUCACCGGCGAAGGGUACGGCUCGAUCGCGCGGGUGUACAUCGUGUGCAAGCAGGACCUCGUGAUCCCGGAGGAGUUCCAACGGCGGAUGAUGAAGAACGGCGGGGCCCAGCACGUGAUGGAGAUCGACGGUGCAGAUCACAUGCCCAUGUUCUCGGAGCCCCAGAAGCUCUGCGAUUGCCUCCUCGAAGUAGCGGCCAAGUAUGCCUAAUGUGCCGUUGAUUUGCAUUAUGAGUCCUAAAACGGUGACGUUUCUGCAAGCUCCACGUGUUGGUUGAAUGUGUUAUUCGGCCUUCAAUUAAGAACGCAAUUAUCAGCUUUAGAUAAAUUUGAGGUAUCCCUUCAAGACACUAUAUUAAGUAUAUGAUUAUGUUUAAUGAUACUAAGAUCAUUGGUCGAGAGGA